ACAGUAUAAACCAAAAACUGAAAAGCUGGCUUAUAGAUAUGCCUUAUUUUGUCUUGUCCAAUUGACAAGUGCCAAUUUUUACUACUCUUGUUAGCUUCUUGUUGCUUAUGAGUUUAGUUCUCUUCACCAAAUGAUUAUAAAAAUCAACAUCAUUUUUGGAAUUUGGAAUAUCUUUUUUCACAUAGCUUGGUUUGUUCCGAAAAUUUAUCUGUAUUAUACCUACCCUGUUUCCAUAGGAUCCAUCAACUUGUUAACAUAUAAGUGUUGUUUCUUUUUCUCUGUCUAUAAGCUUUGGCAGAGUUCUCUCUGCAAUGCCUGGGGAAUUCAGAGAGCAGCCAAGUUCCAGUAUGGCUUCGAAUCGUUCCGAUGGUUCAUCAAAGGAGAGACUGAAAUGGACUCAAGAGCUUCAUGAUCUGUUUGAGAAGGCAGUGAGUCAACUCGGAGGUCCGGAAAGAGCAACACCAAAAGGAAUUUUGAAGGUUAUGGGGAUUUCUGGUCUAACAAUCUUCCACGUGAAAAGCCACCUACAGAAAUACCGCAUGUCAAAAUUUGUACGUGAAGACUCUGAAAUUGGCAAGUUUGAAAGGAGAAGCAUAUCAGAAAUUUUACCAAACUUCAGUGUUACAGCGGGUGCUCAACUUAAUGAAGCAUUACAAAUGCAUAUGGAUGCACACAAGCGAUUAAGUGAUCAUCUUGAGGUUCAAAGAAACUUGAAGAUAAAACUUGAAGCACAAGGAAGAUUUCUAGAACGAAUAAUGGAAGAACAAAAAGUUCGUGCUUCAGGUUCUAGAUCUAGUUGCAAGUCUUAUUCGUAUUUACCCUUAGCGUUACCAUCCUUAUGCGAGGAAUCUGAAUCAAAUGUCAAGGAACUCGAGGUUGGAUAUGAUUCCGAGUUUGAUAUAUCUGGUUGUCAAUUACCAAGAAAAAAGACUCGAUUCGAGGAAGACGAUGGAUUAUUAAAUCAUCGAUACAAUAGUACUAAUAAUAAUGUUACAUAUUCACCACAAGAAUUAGAAUGGGGUACUCUUGAAACUUACCAAUCAUCACCACAUGAUUUGCAUGCUUUAUAUGAUUAUCUUAUUUAAUCAAUUUAGUUAAAUAUAUGUUGUUUGAAUUUAAAUUUUACGAUUGGACAUAUGAAGAAAAAGUGUGUUAGUU